AAAAAAACAUAGAAAUAAAGUAAAAACCAUUUCAUAAACCUGAAUUUUUCUUCUCUCAGAAAGCUUUUUUUCAGCAGAAAAUCAGCUCAGCUCACACAACAACAACAUCUUCAGGUGCUUUCACUUUGUCCAUGGCUGAUACCCGUGAGAGAUGGAUUGAUCGUCUUCAAUUCUCUUCAUUGUUCUGUCAUCCUUCACAAGAUGCACACCAAAAAAAGGCUCAAGUCAUUGCCUAUGUGGACUACUUUGGUCAAUUCACAUCUGAACAAUUUCCGGAUGAUAUUGCCGAGCUUAUCCGUAACCGUUAUCCAUCAAAGGAACACCGCCUUUUUGAUGAUGUUUUGGCUACAUUUGUCCUUCAUCAUCCGGAGCAUGGGCACGCUGUUGUUCUUCCGAUUAUUUCCGGUAUCAUUGAUGGCACACUUGUCUAUGAUAGGACCACUCCACCAUUUGCCUCUUUCAUAUCUUUAGUUUGCCCGAGCAGUGAGAAUGAGUACUCUGAGCAAUGGGCUCUGGCAUGUGGGGAGAUUUUGCGAAUUUUAACUCAUUACAAUCGCCCGAUAUACAAGGUGGAACAACAUUGUAGUGAAACAGAAAGAAGCAGUAGUGGAAGCCAGGCGACGACAAGUGACGGCGGGGAGUCCUCCUCCAGGACACUUCCAGUGCAACAGGAGAGGAAACCUAUAAGGCCUUUGUCGCCCUGGAUAACUGAUAUUUUGCUUGCUGCACCGCUGGGUAUCAGAAGUGAUUAUUUUCGAUGGUGCAGUGGUGUUAUGGGUAAAUAUGCUGCUGGAGAGCUUAAGCCGCCUACAACUGCUUCUCGUGGAUCCGGAAAGCAUCCUCAGCUCAUGCCCUCAACUCCGAGAUGGGCAGUGGCCAAUGGUGCAGGUGUAAUAUUGAGCGUGUGUGACGAGGAAGUUGCUCGCUACGAGACAGCUACUUUAACAGCUGUUGCUGUUCCUGCACUUCUACUUCCGCCACCAACAACAGCUUUGGAUGAGCAUUUAGUUGCUGGGCUGCCAGCUCUUGAGCCAUAUGCGCGUUUAUUUCACAGGUAUUAUGCCAUUGCUACUCCAAGUGCCACCCAAAGACUUCUUCUUGGACUUCUCGAAGCACCGCCAUCAUGGGCUCCUGACGCACUUGAUGCCGCUGUACAACUUGUGGAACUCCUUCGGGCUGCUGAAGAUUAUGCGUCUGGAAUAAGGCUUCCUAGAAACUGGAUGCAUUUGCAUUUCUUGCGUGCGAUUGGGACGGCAAUGUCCAUGAGAGCAGGUAUAGCUGCUGAUGCAGCAGCAGCUUUACUUUUUCGCAUCCUCUCCCAGCCUGCGUUGCUUUUUCCUCCUCUAAGGCAAGUUGAGGGAGUUGAAGUUCAACAUGAACCUUUGGACGGUUAUAUCUCAUCCUACAGUAAGCAGAUAGAAGUUCCUGCUGCUGAGGCAACUAUUGAAGCUACUGCCCAAGGGAUUGCAUCAAUGCUUUGUGCUCAUGGACCUGAUGUUGAAUGGAGAAUAUGUACAAUAUGGGAGGCUGCUUAUGGCCUGAUUCCUUUGAGUUCCUCAGCCGUCGAUCUUCCAGAAAUUGUUGUUGCCACUCCAUUGCAACCGCCAGUUUUGUCAUGGAAUCUAUACAUUCCUCUCCUUAAGGUCUUGGAAUAUCUUCCUCGUGGAAGUCCAUCUGAAGCAUGUCUCAUGAAGAUUUUUGUUUCCACUGUGGAAGCGAUUUUGCAGAGAACUUUUCCGUCUGAGUCCUCAAUGGAACAAAACAGAAAAACAAGAUACUUUUCCGGCUUAGCCUCUGCAUCAAAAAACCUAGCUGUGGCAGAGCUUCGUACAAUGGUUCAUUCACUAUUCUUGGAAUCAUGUGCCUCAGUAGAGCUUGCUUCGCGUCUAUUGUUUGUUGUAUUGACUGUAUGCGUUAGUCAUGAGGCUCAAUUCAAAAAGAACAAGAGGCCCAGAAUUGAAGAAAGUUAUCAAUCUAAUGAACUUACCGAGGACUCACAGGACAUGUCUGAUAAGGUGAAAGUAAUCCGAAGAAAAAUGACUAAGAAACAAGGGCCUGUUGCGGCAUUUGAUUCCUACGUUCUUGCUGCUGUUUGUGCUCUUGCUUGUGAGCUGCAGUUAUUCCCUUUUGUUUCAAAGGGAGGUAAUCACUCACAUUCCAAAGAUACAAAGAACGAUGCCAAACCCAUGAAAAUAAAUGGAACUUGCAAUGACUUUCGGAUUAGUGUCGACUCGGCAAUCUGUCACACUCGUAGAAUCUUAGCAAUUCUGGAGGCGCUUUUUUCAUUAGAGCCAUCUUCUCUUGGCACCUCUUGGAGUUACAGCUCAAUUGAGAUAGUGGCUGCAGCUAUGGUUGCAGCUCAUGUUUCCGAGUUGUUUAGAUGGUCAAAGGCUUGCAUGCAUGCUCUAUCAGUCCUGAUGAGAUGCAAGUUAGACACUGAAAUAUACACCAGGGCAUCAUCACUAUACAACCUCAUUGAUAUACACAGCAAAGAAGUUGCAUCAAUUGUCAAUAAGGCCGAGCCUCUGGAAGCACACUUGUUUCAUGCACCAGUUUGGAAGGAGUCCCCGUCGUGUUCUGAUGGCAGAAAACAAGACCAAUACAAAAAUGGUAGGACCUUAGAUUCGGGGCAGCCGUCGUCUUUUACGCAAUGCAAGGGUUCAACCGAAUCAGACUCUAAACAUAAAUCUGUGAGUUCAUCACAUCCAAAUGGAGUCUCUAAUACUUUGGGUAAAGGUAUUGCAAGCUUCCCACUAGAUGCUUCGGAUUUAGCCAACUUCCUCACCAAGGACAGGCACAUAGGAUUUAACUGCAGUGCACAAGUUCUUCUGGGAUCUAUGCUGGCAGAGAAACAAGAGCUAUGUUUCUCUGUUGUUUCACUACUGUGGUACAAGUUGAUUUCAGCCCCAGAAACCAAACCUACUGCAGAAAGCACUUCCGCACAACAAGGAUGGAGACAGGUCGUUGAUGCAUUAUGCAAUGUUGUAUCGGCAUCACCAACAAAGGCAGCCACAGCAGUUGUUCUUCAGGCGGAGCGGGACUUGCAGCCUUGGAUUGCCAAAGAUGAUGGCCAGAAAAUAUGGAGAAUCAAUCAGAGGAUUGUGAAGCUGAUCGUGGAGCUAAUGAGAAACCAUGAUAGCCCCGAGUCAUUGGUAAUUUUGGCAAGUGCAUCGGAUCUGCUUCUACGUGCCACAGAUGGGAUGCUUGUUGAUGGAGAAGCUUGCACUUUACCACAGCUGGAGCUCUUGGAAGCAACAGCUAGAGCAGUUCAACCUGUGCUGGAGUUGGGAGAAUCCGGGCUGGCUGUUGCUGAUGGCCUCGCAAACUUGUUGAAGUGCCGUCUUCCAGCAACUAUCCGAUGCCUUUCUCAUCCAAGUGCGCAUGUCCGUGCCCUGAGCACGUCAGUUCUUCGUGAUAUUCUGCACACUGGUUCCAUCAAAACCAAUCACAAACCAGUAGAAAUAAACGCUCCCCAUGGCCCCUCUUAUCAGUACUUUAAUCCAGAUGACAUUAACUGGCAUGCCGACAUCGAAAAGCGCUUGACAUGGGAAGCUCAUAGCCGACUCGCAACGGGAAUGUCUAUUCAAUUUCUUGACAUUGCAGCCAAGGAAUUAGGUUGUACCAUCUCCAUAUGACAUCAAGUAGCUUCUGUUCUGGCAAUUACUUCUAAGUGUAUAAUUAAUUCUCCAAGUGAGACUUACAAAUAGAUAAGGACAUUUUUAGUUUGCUUUGAAGAAUAGUGGUUUGCAGUUGAGUACAUAUUCAUUGUCUUCCAAAUAUGACUCCUCAAAACGACAUUCCAAAUUUUUUUUCUUUUGGCCAGACGUAACAAAGCCUUCAAUAAUUUAAGGAUGAUGAUUGAGUGAGACUGCAGAUAGGGCCUGUUGAGGCUUUAUGUUUUGACAUUAUUUGUAUGCUCAUCAGGUUUGUUUUGUACUGUAUAGGCUCAAGUCUGAUCUUUGUCGUACAUUAUUGGAUGUAAUUUGCAUUUUCUGGUUUCUUUUUUCUUUAAAGACAAAAUACCAGCGUGAUGCUGGCAGCAAUUUUCUUUCUACCA